AAAAAAUGGAAGAAAAAACUAUGGAAAUAACAAAGCUGGUAUGUAGUACUUCUAAUCAUAGAAAAUUGAAUUAAAUGCAUAAAAGCACUUAAAGUAGAUAAGAUUUAAGACAUUUGAAAACAUUAGAGAAUUGCGAGCCAAAUUAGAAUACGAUGAUUUAAUAAAAGAAUUUGAUGAGCAAUGCAAUAUUGUUGGUAUUAUCUUACUAAUAUUAGAUGAACAAUAAAUAGAUGAAUAGUUAGAUUAAAACGCAAAAGAAGAGCAAGCACAUUAUGCCUAAGUCUAUGAAAAAUCAAUGUUGGCCAACUUAGAUAAUAUCAAUUUUGAUGAGGUUCCAACCCUCGAAGAAGAGUAUGUUUCAUGA